AUGCGCGGCAAGGUAGUGCUUAGCACCGGCGGACACAGCGGAUGUGGCUUAGAGUGCGUCCGAUGGUUGGCACAGGGUGUCAAGAGAAUCUACCUACUGGGUCGAUCCAUCUCCGCUAUGAAAGCUAGCAUUGAAAAGCUCAAGAACGAGGUCGGAGCCGAGAGAUGGCUCGCAGACAUUCUCUACAUUCAAUGUGACCUUGCCAACCUCGAUGCGGUACAGAAUGCUGCCAAAGAAUUCUUCGUCAUGGAGGCACUGAUGCUGGAAGCAGAUUCACUGAACUUGCCGGCGCCUUCUGUCGGUCUGGACUUGCUUUUCCUCAACGCUGGCAUCUACACACAUAGGCCAGAGACAAAGACAGACGAUGGAUUCGAUCUGAUGUGGGGCGUGAAUUGCCUUGCCCAUCACGCUCUUCUACGGUACUUGAUGCCCGCCCUGCAGCAUUCUGCGCGAGCAGCUCGCACGAAUGCCAAUGACGCCCGACUCGACGGCGGCUCGAAUCAGAGAUUUGUUGACCGUUCACCACGAGUGCUAUGGACUGGGUCCAUCGCUCACACCUGGCUCGUCUCACCCGCCAAGAGCUACUAUCCCCCCGAAGUCAAGCUCCGCUCUUGGAAUCCAGCCGGGCCCUAUGCACGUAGUAAAGCCUCCAAUCUCCUCGACAUGUACUACUGCCUUCCCACUCUCACAGAGGCAGGCAUCGUCGGCACCGUCGUUCACCCCGGUGUGCUCUACACGCCCAUCCAGCGCGAGUUUGAGCGGGAUUGGCAGCAGCGAGGCAUUGCCGCUCUUCUGGCUCCGCAGAGUCUGGGAUGCGUGAACCUGCUGUGGACCGCCUUUAUAGCUUCAGCCGAAGAGGUACAUGGAGGCUAUAUUACGCAGUGGUGUCGUAUGGGAAAGGUCACGAAGAUGGUGAGGGACGGGGAACUCAUCAGGCGCCAUGGCGAGUUCAUGGAUCAGAUCGUUGACGGCAUCUUUCAGACUGCGGAAGAGCCUAGUCAUGAGCAGAGUUUUCACAACGGCAAGGUCCCUGACGAGCAGGUUGAACGGAAAGGAGUUGUUCGACGACGCAAGACGCCAUCACAGUAGACUUGUGCCAUCCGUCUUCACGCGUACAAGUCUGAUUCUACGUAGACCUGUUGGAUUAGAUCGCAGACUAAGAUACUAUAAUUUAAUUUAUUCUCGACAGCCACAUCUCCGUGUUCAAUCUAUGUCAUCUUCUGCUCAGUCCCUGACCUGACCUGCCUCGAGA